AUGAUUUAUUACUGUACAUCGUUCGCUGGAAGUUAUAUAAUAGUCUGGUCUUUCUUGUACGACUAUGGCAACGGCAUCACUAUUCCCUCCGGCACUAUCGGGCAGUCAUGCUCCAUUUCAGCAUCUGGUGAGCCCUCACAAUGUGACGAUCUGGCAGAUGCUAUCAAGGCAUGCCAGUCAAACGGCGUGAAAAUCAUCUUAUCUCCGGGUGGUGCCAUUGGCACGUACUCUCUCUCGUCGCAGGGGGAGGCUGAAACUAUUGGCCAAAAUCUCUGGGAUGCAUCUGGAAGAACACAGAACAGUUGCGUUCCGCGGCUGUUUGGCACCACUUUCGUUAAUGGCUGGGAUUUUGACAUCGAAGCAGCCCGGGGUAAUCAGUACUACCAGUAUUUGAUUCGCAUACUUCGAUCCAACUUCGUGUCCGAUUCAUCCAACAUGUACUACAUUACGGGGUCACCGCAAUGCCCUAUACCAGAGCCUCAUAUGCAGCAGAUAAUCACUAGCUCUCAGUUUGACCACCUCUGGGUCCAGUUCUAUAAAAACCCUAGUUGCUCCGUUAACGGCCCAAUCAACUAUGACGUCUGGGUCUCGGCCAUCGCUGGCACACCAUAUGGGAAUGCUAAAAUCUUUGUUGGUGUACCAGCUUCCCCAAAUGCCGCCACAGGGACAUCUAGCGGGGCACAAUACUACCUUGAACCAAGCACACUCGCGACUCUGGUUCGUAGGUACAGCACCAACUCCGCAUUCGGUGGAAUUGCGAUGCGGUCUUCCGGGCUUUCCGACUCCAACGUUAGUAAUUGUUACACCUACGACCAGGAAAGUAAACGCAUUUUCACCACUGGCUCACCCUACUAG